AUGGAACACAUAAAGGGGUUUUACAAUACCAUUCUAAAGUCAUCACAUCCAAUAACGUUAUCGUUACAUCUUGCAGGUAAGGCAUUCCCAUUAGUGUUUUAUUUGCUAGGAGAUUGGUUUACAGGAUUUACGGCCCAAUUCAUAGUGAUUAUUCUGGUGCUAGCUUUCGAUUUCUAUUUCACAAAAAAUAUCAGUGGGCGAAAAUUGGUCCAAUUACGUUGGUGGUAUGACUCUACUGUAACCAGAACUACAACUUUUGUCUUUGAGUCAUACAAACAAUAUCCUGCGGAUGGUCAUGUCAUAAAUCCAAUUGAUUCUAAGUUAUUUUGGUGGUCAAUGUACUUGACACCUGUUGUCUGGCUCGUAUUUGGACUAUUAUGUCUUCUUCGUCUGAAAUUAUUUUACCUUCUUGUAGUCGCCGUUGCGGUUUGUUUGACAGGUUGGAAUACAUAUGGUUUUCGUUGUUGCGAUAAAUGGGAACCUGGCCAUGACGUAGAAGAUGGUGCCGAAACAUGGUUCCAACUUCCAAAUUUUGGUGGUUUCGAGAAUAUAUCCAGAUUAGCCAAUGUUCAAUCAUUCUUUCAGAGGGCUACUGGCUCCUCAAGUGUGUAA